AUGUCGCAACCACCGCCGGCACCGGGUCCACCGCCAGGGCCACCGCCGGGCCCACCACCACCGCCACCGCCAGCAAUACACAGCCACCUCCCGCCGCAACCACCACCACCACCGCCGCCGCCAGAAGCAUCGACCUCUUCGCUCCCCGGCGCUCCCGGGCCACCAUCCCCACCUCAAGCGUCCAACCCGGAGCCUGAGAUCGAUGCUGCAGAGGCAGAGAGGCUGCUCAACCGCGAACGCAACUCGCUCUUCCAGCAGCUCGAAAUCGAUCGCAUCCUAUCUGCAUUCCGCCUCAACCCCUACGAUGUGCUCGAGGUGCCGCUCGAGGCCGAUGACAAAGAGAUCAACAAGAUCUACCGAAAAAAAUCGCUCCUCAUCCACCCCGACAAGGUCAAGCACGAGCGGGCCAUCGAGGCAUUCGACCUGCUCAAGAAGGCUUCUUCACACCUGCUAGACGAGGACAAGCGAAAGACGCUCGACGAGACGGUCAUGGACGCGCGGAUGAUGGUGCUCAAGGAGCUCGGAUUGCCCUUUACCACGCCCGGAGACGACGGCCGCCUCAGAAAUCUCGUGCCGCCGUGGGAGGAGCGGGUACGGAAGGCGACAAAGGAGCUCAUGGUCGACGACGAGCUACGGCGAAGAAAAGCGAUACGGAUGCAGCACCAGGCCGAGGGAGAGGCGCAGAGGAAAAAGGAAGAGGCCAUCAGCGAGCGGAAGCGCAAGGCCGAAGAGCAGACGGCCUGGGAAGCCAGCCGGGACAGCAGAGUCGCAGGCUGGAGGACGUUUCAGAAGGGCGGCAAGAAGAAGAAGAAGAAGAGCAAUGUACUGGGCUAG